AAAUUACCAAAAAAAACUACAUUUUAAGGUGGAAGAGACUGUGGCUCGGUGGUGAUUUGGGACAUGACGAUAGGACAGGUGGUGUGUGGGGCGCAGGCUUCGCGUGGUGUCCAAGGGGAUGCCACCGUCCUCCUGCCCAUGAUGCGGAGAGGACAGUGUUUCGUCACUGCCGGCGAUUGCCAUUUGGCGGUCUGGACAAUAGAUGUGGCAGCUCGAAGCGUGAGAAGCAUGGAUGUGGCAAUGUCCAAGCUGAAAAGGAUAGUGUUGUGCGUGGAUGGCAACGAGAGGGACGAGAUGAUGUAUUGUGGGACCACCACUGGAGACAUAUUGAAGAUUAGACUCAACUUUCACCACGACAUGGAAAUUUUGGAGCCAGUUAAAACGCCUUGCGUGGUAGGGUGCUUUGCACGAAUAUCCAAGAAAAAAUUGCGAAGGGGGAGCGUGGAUCUUUACCAGCAAGGAGUGCGCACAAUAAGAAGGUUGUUCAGUGGCGCUCUGAUAGUGGGAGCAGGAGACGGCACUUUGGAGUUGGUUGUAGAGGCAGAAAAACCUGUCCUGCCCCUGGACUCUGAUGUGAAACUGCCUUCUGUGCCUGCCUUGAAGAUUCUGAAGUCGACCAAUGUUAAUAGCGCAGUGACUUCCAUUCAGCUGAUGAAGAACGAUGCAAUCAUUUUGGUGGGAACUGCGGCUUCAGAAAUCUACGAAGUGAACCUAACUGACUUCCAUGCCAAGCUCAUUCUUACGUGCCACACGUCUGCAAUCUACGACAUCGCUUUUCCUCAUAACUUUUCCGAAGUAUUUGCCACUGCCAGUCAUGAUAAUGUGCGAGUUUGGUCAAUGAGCACCAUGCAAGAACUGCUCCGCAUAUGCGUGCACAACUUCACUUGUUCGAGCGUUUUGUUCGCUCACGAUGGCAAAUCCAUAAUAACGGCUUGGAAUGAUGGAGUGAUUCGCUCAUUUACUCCAUUAACUGGCCGAUUGAUCUAUGCAAUACUGAAUGCUCAUAAUAAGGGAGUCUCUGCUCUGGCGAUCACGUCCCAUGGACGAAUGUUGAUAAGCGGAGGGUGUGAAGGGCAAGUUAGAUUAUGGAAUGUGUCGCCGUAUCGGCAGCAAUUAAUUUGCACCCUUAAGGUAUGUUAG